AUGAAUUUGGAGAUUUCUAUAAGAUUAGAUAAUAACGAAAAACAGCCCUUUUGCUUUGUAUCGGAUUUUGUCGAGGGAGAAUCUUUGAGAAAAUUUUUACAAAAGUAUGGUCCUAUAGCGGAGAGUAAAGCAAAAGUGUUUGCCGCCCAAGUGGCCUCUGCUAUUAUGUAUAUUCAUAAGAAUGGUAAUUAUUUGCUAAAUAAUACCCAGAGAUAUCAGUGCGAAAUCAUUAUGUUAGAUGUGUACAAAGGUGCACAAGUAAUUAAUUUCGGUCUGUCCACAUACGAACGAAACUCAGCAAAGUUUCGUGGAACUUUGUCAUUUCUAUGUCCGGAAAUUCUGCAGAGGAAGCCUUACGAUUUCUACUGUGACUGGUUGGCUUUCGCCAUCGUAUUAUUUCAAGCGUUGGUUGGAACAACACCUCUGCAGAUUUAUGUCGAAGAAGCAUUUAAUAUUGAUAAUGUGUAUUUAUUGCCCCGUUACUACUGGAUAAGAGUUGCUGUAGCAGUUGUAGAUGCGCAGGUGUCGUAUCCCGCUACAAUAUCGGAUGACGCCAGAUAUUUUAUUAACGACUUAUUGCAAAAGGACUCGUACAGACGUCCUCUUGAAACAGAUAUUUUGAAACACAAGUAUUUUAAUAAAGUGCCUUGGGCCUUAAUUAGAAUGGCCAAAAGUGCAAAAACGACAGAUGGAAAAACAACAGAAAUAGUUCCAGUAACGCAAAGUGGCUCCAUCUUAGUCACAGAAUUACCAGAAAUAAUGUUUUAUAUAUUUCAGUACUUAGACGAUAGAAACUUAGAUAUAUGCAGCCAAGUGUGUAGCCAAUGGAGAGAUAUCAUCGAACACAUGAUGAGUCACAGAGUAACAAUGAUCUCAAGGAUUCUUCAUCAAGUUAUAUUAACCAUCACGUUUUAA